AUUGUGUUGACAUCGUUUUCGUCCGUUAAAUGCGGAAAAUGGACGGAAUCAUUCCGAAAGAGGACAAACCGCUUGCGUCUGUCUCCGUCUUCAGUUUCAUACCGCCGAGACGCAACGAACCGAAAGAGAUGAGAUAUUUUAACUCGACUCCUAAGGCUCCGGAGAAGCACCUGUAUGACGUCAUACACAAGCGAGCUGAGGGGUAUGAUAUGAAGUUACACCGGGAUGACCGAGAGCACGCGAAGAGCCGCGGACUGAGCAUGCACUCAGAGGAAUGCUCCAGACCUAUUGCUGUGCUCUCCUCAUCUGAAUAUGGCCGAAGGCUGACAGCGGUGUUGUACAAGCAGGGCCGGGAGUUCGCUCGAGUUGCUCACAUACGCACGGAGUUUUACAGGAAAAACGGCAUUAGCAAAUCAGUGGAGGAUGGCUACGGCUCUGUGUUUCCAGUUUAAGCAAAAAAAAAAAAAAAAAAAAAAACCCAAACAGAUGAUUUUCAGGGAUAACCCUUAAAGGGCGCCCAUGGACUCUUCGUGUUUUAUGUUUGUGUGUUUGUGUUUCACUUGCACCUAGUUGAGCUCCCUGGUUAGUGUCAUUAUUUAAGCUCCAUUGGUUAGUCUAUGUCUCGCAUCUGUUUGCUUCUUUGAUCUGUCCUGUUAUGUCACUGUGCCUGCAUCCCACUUGACCUACUUUGAGGCAUAGCUGAUGGGUCUGCAUGAUGAGAGUUGGGAAUGAGCAGCGCAGCCAAGCUGAGCAGGAAAACAACCAGAUUGGGAUAAAACGUGUGCCUUUCAAAACUCAGUGCAGAGUUGUUCAAGGUAACAUGGCUCCUUAACGGCCACUAGGAAGGGACCAACAGGUCAGAGUGCGACAGUGUCCAGGGUGAGGAUAACCCCAUACCAAGUAGCAACGGAGGGACACAGACCAUCGGUGGUAGCUGUAAGCCAUCCAGCGGCGCGCAAAGGAGCUACCAAUAUGGAUGCAUGCAUGGGACUUUAUACAGGAGCUUCUGGAGGAAGAAGCAGUGCUAAACACCAUCAGCUCAGCUCCACUGUCAAAAGUAGAGGACAAUGUGAUUACCCCCCUGUCCAAAUUUGAGGACAUUGUGCUUUUUCUGCCACCCAGGUUUGAAGAUGUCGUGUUUGCUCCGCCCUUCAAAUUCGAGGACAGAAGAUGUGGCGUUUGUUCCACUGCUCGAAUUCAAGGACAUUGUGCUUGCUCUGAUGCCCAUAUUUGAGGACAUCCUGCUUGCUCUGCUGUCCAUAUUCAAGGACAUUGUGCUUGCACUACGGCCUGGGUUUGAAGACAUACUGUUUGCUCCACCGGCCAAUAUCAAAGACAUUGUGUUUGCUCUGCUGCUUUACCUAUGGGACAUUGUACUUGCUUCACCACUCAUGUUUGAGGACAUUGUACUUGCUCCACCAUCCAAUUUCGAGGACAAAUUGAUUACUCUUCUUCCAAAUUCGAAAACAGUGUGCUUGCUCCGCCGCCUUGAUUUGAGGACAUUGUGCUUGCUCCACCACCUGAUUUUGAGAAAGUUUUGCUUGCUCUACUGUCCUUAUUUGAGGACGUUGUGUUUACUCUGCUUUCCAGGUCCAAAGAUAAUGCGUUUGCUCCACUGCUUGAAUUUGAGGUCAUUGUGCUUGCUCUGGCGCCUGAAUUCAAGGCCACUGUGCUUUCUCUGUGCCAGGAUUUGAGGACAAUGUGCAUGCUCCACCGCCUGAGUUUAAAGACUCUGUGGUUGCUCCACUGGUCAAAUUCAAAGACAUUGUGUUUACUCCUGCACCUUAAUUAAAGGAGCAACUUGCUCCGCCACUCAGAUUCGAGGACAUUCUACUUAAUCCACCAUCCAUUUAAGGACACUGUCCAAAUUCAAGUACAAUGUGAUUACUUAGCUGAUGGAAUUCAAGAACAUUCUGCCUACUCUGUAGUCUGGGUUUGAAAAUGUUGUGUUUGCUCUGUUUCCCGAAUUUGAGGACAUUGUACCUGCACCACUGGCCAUAUUUGAGGACACCGCUGUGCUCCUCUGCCUGGGUUUGAACACAUGAUAUUUGCUCUGCCACCUGAAUUAGAGGA